AUGAAAGCAUUGGAAUGGGAAAAUCAGAACACGUAUUAUGAUGGAGAAGAUGGGAAUUACAGUUACAGCACAGGCAUGCCCGAUAUUGACCUAGAUUCAAGCCCCUGCCAGCCAGUAGCACUUGAAAUCAACAAGAAUGCUGUGAUCACCAUCUAUGCCCUGGUGUUUCUGCUGAGCCUGCUGGGGAAUUCUCUGGUGAUGCUGGUCAUCUUAUAUGACCGGGUCAGCUCCUCUGUCACAGACAUCUACCUGCUGAACCUGGCCGUGGCUGACUUGCUCUUUGCCCUGACACUGCCCAUUUGGGCUGCUUCCAAGAAGAACGGAUGGACUUUUGGCACAACCCUAUGCAAGGCGGCCUCACUCGUGAGGGAAGUCAACUUCUACAGUGGGAUCCUACUACUGGCCUGCAUCAGUAUGGACCGCUACCUGGCCAUUGUCCACGCCACACGCAAACUGGUCCAGAAGCGCCCCUUGGUCAAGUUCAUCUGUCUGGCCAUCUGGACACUGUCCCUGGUGCUGUCCCUGCCUGUAGUCCUCUUCCGCAAGACUCUGGGCUUCCUCCACAGCUGCCUCAAUCCCAUCAUCUAUGCUUUCAUUGGCCAGAAGUUUCGACACAGACUCCUCAGGAUCAUGGCCAGUCAUGGCCUGAUCAGCAAGGACUUCUUGGCCAAGGAUGGGAGGCCUUCAUUUGUUGCUUCAUCUUCAGGGAACACUUCUACGACCCUCUAG